AUGAACACAAGUGAUCCACUAGGUAACUGGGCAAUACAACUAACACUACAGUCACUAGACCUACCGCCUGGCCAAGAAUACCCAGUGUUUGUCGUAGGUACUCUGACGUAUAUAACCAUUUUGUUCUGCAAUACACUGGUGUUUGCAACGAUUGUCUUCACAAAGAGUUUGCAUACGCCCAUGUUCCUGCUGCUGUUAAACCUACCAAUAAUGGACAUGAUUGGAGCCACUGCUUUUCUACCACAGCUUGUAACCAGCAUUUUGACCAAGAACCGCUCUAUUUCCUACCCUGGGUGCCUCGUUCAGGCCUUUCUCAUUCACCUCUACGGUACAGGGAACUUAAUCUUUCUAACAGCCAUGGCGUAUGACAGAUAUGUUGCCAUAUGCUUGCCCCUUAGGUACAACUCUAUCAUGACUCCAAAUACUUUGAUGAGACUCAUAAUUUCCAUUUGGUUUGCGGACAUUCUGUUUUUCACAGUGUUGUUUUCUCUAGUCACAAGGUACAGUAUUUGCAGGACUAAAAUUGUGGAUAUUUACUGUAACAAUCCAUCGAUGACAAAACUACUCUGUGAGGACACAAAGGUGAAUAACUACUUCGGCUUGGCUUUCAUUGUCAUAUUUCAAGGUGCCCCGCUGGUUAUAAUAAUGUACACAUACAUCCAGAUCUUGCUGACUUGUGUGAUGACGAAGCAGGAUGAUGCGAGAGGGAAAGCUCUCCAAACAUGUGGAACACAUCUGGUGGUUUUUUUAUUCUUUGAAUUCAAUGCUGCCAUCACUUUGAUCUCUCACAGAUUUGAGAGUGUGUCCCCAUACCUGAGGAGAGCUGUGGGUGUAUCAAUUAUCAUAUUUCCCCCAGUCCUCAAUCCACUUAUAUAUGGAUUAAAGACAAAAGAACUUCUGAAAAGCAUGAUUAAAAUGUUUAAACGAGUGAGGUUACCCAGAAAAUGA